GGGCUGCUUACUUUACCUGUACAGUAAGUCCACCCCUGUGCCUACCCAACCUUAAAGAUUCAAAGAAGUCCCUGGUUGUUACCUGCUGACAUGCCAACCUCCCAGGAAACAGGUAACAGCCUGGCAAAGGGGAAGGUUUCUGCUCUUUGAAGUCACACAAAAACAAGUGGAGCAGGGUGUUAUGAAAGAACAGGCUUUUUCUUUUUUUUUAAGCUGAGAGGACUGUUCCCAGAUCUUCAUCUCGUCAGCAGAGCUCUAGUGUAUGUGACCAGAAAAAUACCAACUAUGUCUCAAUCAAAUGGCUGCACUAUGAGUAAAGAACGGCAAGAGUCACACAAGAAAAUGAUGAUGGCACCUCUGGCUCACAGCGAUACAGAGGUGUUUUCUAUCAUAAAAAAGGAGAAGCACAAGCAAAUAUAUGGUCUGGAACUAAUAGCUUCUGAGAACUUUACCAGCAGAGCUGUUCUCGAGGCGAUCAGCUCCUGUUUGACCAACAAGUACUCCAAAGGUUUUCCUGGUCAGAGCUACUACUAUGGUGGUUUAGAGUAUAAUGAUGAACUGGAGACUCUUUGUCAGAGGAGGGCGCUGGAGACCUUUGGUUUAGACUCUCAGAAAUGGGGGGUGAACGUGCGGCCAUACUCAGGUUCACCUGCUAACUUUGCUGUCUACACGGCUGUUGUUGGGCCUCAUGGUAGGAUCAUGGGCUUGGACGUUCCUGAUGGGGGUCACCUAUCGCAUGGCUACAUGAGGAAUGAGAAGAAAAUCUCUGCAACAUCCAUGUUUUUUGAAACUAUGCCAUACAAGGUGAAUCCAGAAACUGGCUACAUUGAUUAUGACAAGCUACAAGAAAAUGCACAACUUUUCCACCCCCAUCUCAUUAUUGCAGGAACAACUUGCUAUUCCAGAAACCUAGACUACGCCUGCCUGAGGCAGAUUGCUGAUGAGAAUGGUGCAUAUCUGAUGGGGGACAUGGCUCAUAUUGGAGGAUUAGUGGCUGCUGGAGUGGUGCCCUCACCCUUUGAACACUGUGACCUUGUUACAACUACAACUCACAAAAGUUUAAGAGGCUGCCGUGGUGGACUUAUCUUUUAUCGGAAAGGUACACGGAGCGUGGACUCCAAAGGAAAGGAGACUCUGUACAACCUGGAGUUUUUGAUCAACCAGGCCGUCUUUCCGGGGCUUCAAGGAGGACCUCAUAACAAUGCUAUUGCAGGUGUUGCUGUGGCUCUCAAUCAAGCAAUGACCCCAGAGUUUAAGGCUUACCAGCAGCAGGUUCUUGCCAACUGUCAAGCUCUAAGCAGCGCCCUUAUUGACCUCGGUUACCAGAUCGUCACUGGUGGUUCUGACAACCAUCUAAUUCUGCUGGACCUUCGCAAUAAAGGAACUGAUGGAGGACAAGCUGAGAAAGUCUUGCAAGCCUGCGCUAUUUCUUGCAACAAGAGCAACUGUUUAGGUGCUAAGAGUGAUUCGCUUCCAAAUGGUCUAAGGUUUGGGACUCCAGCUCUGACUUCCAGAGGUUUGAUAGAGGAAGACUUCAAGAAAGUGGCUGAAUUCAUUCAUAGAGGUAUAGAGCUAAAUUUGGAGGUUCAGAGAAGUUUGGACUCAAAAGCCACCCUGAAGGAGUUCCUCCAGGCGUUGGCUCGGGGGGAGAAGUUCCAGCAGCAGGUGGCUGAGAUCAGGGCUGAAGUGGAGGCUUUCGCUCGGCAGUUCCCCAUGCCUGGCCUUCCUGAGCUGUAGAGAGUCAACACUGCUUUACGGCUCCAAUAGAAAUACUUGCUGAUGUAUUUAAAACAGGUGGCGGCUAGCUCUUCCCUUUGUCAUUUGGCACCAUUUUAGAGCUUUGGUUUUUAUGCAAUGUGUAGAAAAGAAACUGAGUUUGGGAAAUGCAGAGCCAAAUUGGAGACAGUUUGUUAUCCUGCUUCAUCAAUUGUUACAUUGAUAUGUUGUUUCAUGACAUUUUUAUUUGAAUCCUGAGCCAUUUUUUAAAUUCAUAGCAACCAGGGUGACUUUUACUAAUGAUUUAAAUUAAUAAUCGACUCUUAGUGUACUUUAGGUAACCGGGUAACACAAUAUAAUCUUCAAUAGAAAGGAGGUCAGUUGGAUUCCUUUCUGAUUGAUCAGGAAUCUAUCAUAUAAUCAAUAAGGGUCGACAGGCCCAAACGGGGAUCAGAGCCAUAACUGGUAGAACAAGGAGCAACAUGAUUGUUCAUUGUUGAUAUUUGAUUUAUUCUGUAAAGUAAAAAAAAUUUAAUCUGA